AUGAGCUUCGAGGACCUUGAGGCGGGCGUCCUGCCGCCGGCGCCGCUGCCGCUGCCGCAGGUGGUGGCGCACGGCGUGUUCCAGAUCAACACCAAGGUGGCGGCGCUGCGGCACCUCGGCGACGCGCUCGGCACGCCCAAGGACACGCCCGCCCUCCGCGUCCGCCUCCGCUCGACGCGCGCCGAGGCCGCGCGGCUCGCCAGAAUCACGUCACAGAACCUCAAGCAAGCCGCCGCCGACGCCGGCGACAGAGGCGCCGAGGGGUCGACAUCCCCCUGCUCGAAGCUGGCCAUGGAUCUCGAGGCCGCCCUGAGCGAGCUCCAGAAAGUCCAGCAGCGUAUCGUAGCGGCAGAGCGACAGGUCAACUCCUGUGCUGCUGCUGCUGCCGCCGCUGCUGGUAGCACAUUUGCCGGUCAUGAGCAGUGCACCGGGCAAACGCAGCAGCAGCAGCUUCUGUCACAUGGAACGGAAGUCGAAGAGCUCGAAGCCGUCGUGGACGAGAGGGAGCGGGGGAUACGGGAGACGGAGCAGGUGAUCACCGAGAUCAACGAGAUCUUCAGGGACCUCUAUGCACUGGUCGACGAGCAGGCCUGCAGCGUCGACCACGUCGUGUGCGACAUCGACAGCGCCGCCGCGACGACGAGCCAGGCCGAAGAAGAGGUCUCUGCAUUAGCAGUGGAGACCGAUCGGGUGUCGAGCUCGAGCCCGAGCUCGUCGACCAAAUACUUGCUGAUGUUUGUUGUUGGCAUCUUCUUGUUCAUCUUCCUGUUGGUGCUUGUAGGGUAGUGCGGGUCGCUGAGCGUUUCAUCCAUGGAGUCCAUAUUCAGUCGGAGGCCUGAGUUUUCAUCCUGGUUGUGCUGACAGAGUUAUAGGUGAUUUUCUGAUUCCAGCUGUCCAUUCGGAAGUUGAAGCACGCCUUCGCGUAAAAGUAAUGUAUGAGUCAUACAGUAUGACUCUUGUUUGGGGGAAAAGUAGUGUCUGAUUCUGGCACUUUUAGACUUGUUUUAAUAAUUCGAUACAGCAAAAUUGUUGGAGUGAUUCACGAAAGUUUUACUUCCUCGAAUCUACAGAACAUUUUUCACCAUUGGAUCCAAAAAAGGGAUCAGGUUCCGUUUCGGAAAAAAAAAAGAUCAGGUGAUAAGAAAAACUCUGUUUGAAUAUACUAUUACGGUUAAACGAAAGAAGGGGCAUCACAUGUGUCAUUAAACUAUGAGAGAUAAGAAAUGAACUAGCAUUUGUUUGUCCACCAAUCUAUGUUGGGCCUCAUAACUUGGAAGAAAACAGAUACUUAUGUCACAUCUAGAUGUGCUUUAGCAAAACUGGAAAAAAAAGUGUGAGGUCUUGGCAGAACAAACUAGCCAUGCUGUGCUCGGCA